GAGGCAACGCAGGCCGCUGGGCCUGACCUGCACACACAGAGCACUCAGAACCUGACCCUCGGGGGCUGGUCGGCCUCUUGCAGCAGCCAAGUCACCCAGUUACAAAACGGCAGGAAAGACACACUUCGGAGAAAGCAGAAGGAAGCUGACAUGGGGAGAGGGGACCCUGAUUUGGGGCUGAGCCCUACCUGGGCCACUGCCCACAGCCCGGCCUCACCCUGCAAGUGGUUAGGACUCUGGCAACCUAAUUGCACUCCCUGGGCUUCCUUCCCCCGCGAGGACGCAACGUCCGCUAAGCUUAAACACGGUCCAGCAAGACCAUCAGGCCGCUGUCAUGGAGAACCCCCAGAGCUUGGCUCCCAAGACCACCACCGUGAUCGACAUCCCGACGGAGACGCCUGUGCGGGACCACAUCGUCUGGUCCCUGUUCAACACCAUCUUCUUGAACUGGUGCUGCCUGGGCUUCGUGGCCUUUGCCUACUCUGUGAAGUCCAGGGACCGGAAGAUGGUGGGUGAUGUGAUUGGGGCCCAGACUUAUGCCUCCACCGCCAAGUGCCUGAACGUCUGUUCCCUGGUCCUGGGCCUCCUGCUGACCAUCACGUUCAUCAUCCUUUUUGUCACUGGAUCGCUGAUGAUUCCGCAGAUGGUCAGACAGCAUGGAGGCUACUAGGAGCUGCCCGUGGCCUGAGGCUGUCUCCCGGGCCGCAGCCUUUUCUGUCCGCGCCAGUCUACCGCUGCAGUCAAUAAAGCGCUUGUGCGUGGGGUGCCGUGUUUUCACAGAU